UCUGAAGAAGUCUCCAUGUCCCACUGCCAGCAACAUGGCUAAAGGCAUGUGUUGGCCAAGGACUGCCUCUGGGUACCCUCUGGGUGGGGGAGGAAAGACCUGUCCAGAUAACAGGAAGUUAUUUUACAAAGUUUUCAGUCUCUCCCUGCCUGCCUGUACCCUGGAUCAGGGCUGGGGUUUGAUGUCAGUGGGGGUUAGGUGUGAGGCCACUUAUCUUGGCCUUGUAGUACCUGGAUAGUUGUCAGUGGGAGGACUUGCAGGGCCCACCAGCCAACCAGAGGUUCUCUGAAGGGGCUCUGGCCUUUUCUGCCCGUUUCUAGGCUGUUGAACUUUAGCAGCUUGCUGAGCAGACUUGGCAGCACUCACAGGGCAGAGCCUGGGAGGCUGUUCCUUUUGGCUGACUCCUUCCUGGUGCCUCACCCUGUAUCCAGUGGCUUCUGCUAGCCCUGUGAUCACAGUGCUCUUUCACCUGUUCCCUGAGUUCUCAGCAAUAAAGCUUGCAGCUGCUCCCAGCUGGAUUGGCUGGGAUUGAGAUGAUGCCACAUGGCAACAGGAGGGCACCCAUGCCUGUGAGGUUGGUGGUGCUGACGUUGGCUCUGCGAGGUCGGCUCAAGGUGGGUCUGGAUAUUGAGCAGGCCUGUCAGGGCGUUGUCACCCACACCAGAAGCACACAGCAGGUGCAGCAGCCAGCAAUGCCUCUCUCUUCAGCCGGCUUGGGAGCCUAUGUGAACCCCAUUUCUGACCCUUUGCGCUGUGUGACCUCACAUGCACAUUAAACUCUCAAACCUGCACUGACUUGGCCUUCCUUCCUCUCACCUUUGUAGUUACCUCCAGGUGGCAGCUGCGUAGCUUGGGGAAAGGGAUAUGACAGGAUGGGAGGGCUGAAAAAACAGGCUAGUGUUCCAAUUCUAGAGCUAGAACAAUGACUUCUGCAGCACCACACCACUUCAGACCUGUUACAGAAACAGUUCUGAAGAAUCAGGAAAAUUGGGGGACAGCCAUGGGAGGCACCAUACAAUGUCAUGUUUGGAGAUGGGCCAGGACAAGGAUGAAUUAGAAGCCAUUCUGAGGCGACACUAAAGGCCAAGGAUCCUCCUCCGCCUGCAGGGGGCUCCAGUUGGGUGCCAAUUGCUGAUGGAGUCUGGAAUCCUCUUGGUGGUAGGCCUGUGUGUUCUUGAUUUAUGGUGGGGCUAACAGCAGGUAGAGACACAAAGGAGAGGGUGGUGGUAGCCCAGUACUAGUGUCACUGGACAGGUACUUAUUGAUGGCUUGCUGUAUGCCAGGCCCUGUCCCCCACUCUGGAAGUCCAGAGUAACGAGCAGGGAAGAAUUGAAUCUGCCCUAAGCAGUCAUUGAGGCUGGGCUUGAACUGCCCCCAAUCAGCUGGAUUGGAUUCACCCAGAGGUCUGAGCUCUCAAAUCCUCCUAGACCCUAUGCUCACCUCUACACAGGCCAGCUUUUAACCCGGCCUGGUGAUUGGCACCCCAGUGGAGGAGGGAGUUGUCCCUGCUCUGACCUGGAUAUCAGAUACUGAAGUAGGGAGGAGGCAGCGGGGUCUGGAGGGGAGGGUACAGUUGUUUGGCUCAUCAGAAUCCUGAGGUUCCCUGCCGAGUCCUCCAAGGGGCUGCAGACAAUCAGUGUAUUGUCAGCAGGGGCUGCAGCAUGGAGCACAGGAGCGGCUACCCGGAAGGCCCCAGGCCUGGUCCUGCAGAGGUGAAGCCUAAGCCCUGCUGUGGGAGCUGGAGAGGUGCAGGUCUGCUGCUGCUGCUGGCCUUGGCCGCUGCAGGGAUUGUGGCUGGAGGGCUUCUUGGUUUCACCCAUGGCCCUCCCAAGCCACUGUUGCAGAUGCUCCGACUGACCCUCCCAAGUCCAAGGGUGCCUUGGUCCAACCAAACCACCCUGGUGGACAUGGCCCAGAACAUGGCAACCAUUAUGGUGACUCCACCUCAGAGCAACCGCAGCUGGGUAGUGCUGUUCGACGGGCAGAAUGGCUGCAUCUGCUACCGCCCUGCAGAACAUCAGGCCUGCUUCCUCCGCCUGAUGGAGGCCCACGAUCGGGAGACCCUGCAGCUGCUAGUGAACACCUCCAGGGUUCAAGGGUCCCGUGCCCCUGGCCAGGAUACCCACCAUGCCCAAGAGCUGCUGGCAGUGCAUGGGAGCCACACCGUGGACCCUACCCAGGUGGGAGCUUCAGUCCAACAGCUCUGUGCAAAGACUCCCAUCUACUGGGCCCAUCGAGUGGAGGGGCCCCAGAGACAGCGGCUAAUCUAUCUCUGCAUUGACAUCUGCUUCCCAAGCAACAUCUGCAUGUCCGUCUGCUUUUAUUACCUUCCAGACUAAGUCCCCUGCCUGACCUAGUCUGCACCUUGUCCCCAAAGGCCAGCAGCUGGCUGGUCACCAGCACCACAGAGGGCAGCUGCUGGCAGGGACUAAUAAACCC